GGGUAACUCGCUUGUGGACGUUGAGAUUUUUGAAAAUUUGUCUUCACAAAAAUCAAUUUUCAUCUAUAUUCUGGUACCAGUUCAUAAUCUCAUUAUUAUUGACAUUAAUCAUUGUCAAGUAUUUGUGAAGUCUUUUUGGGAUCCCAACAUUAACAAACAACAAGAAAAGCAUCAUCAUGGAUCCUGAUUUUGAGAGAAGACUUCUCCGGCAACAGAAUGGACAGACAUCACCCUAUGGAUCAGUGUCACCAUAUGGUUCACCGAUGCAGACAAGUCCAGCCUCAUCUCCAGGCAAGGACAAGUAUGGUGAUCGAUUCAUUCCUAGCAGAGCCGGUGCUAACUGGAAGAUACAUUUCAACCUACCGCAGGAUGGUUCAACGAGUCAGUCUCCAAGUCAGACAAGAAAAGCUAAAGAGCCCACUACUGAUAACACCAAGGAUGGCUUGGCUUACAACUGCUUGCUGAAGAAUGAACUACUUGGCGCUGGAAUUGAAGACAUCAAGGAUCAGCAACCCGACGAAAGGAGAAUUCUUGUUCCAAAAGAAAGUAAAAAUAUGUUUACAUACCGGGUACCGAGGAGAAGUUUAGAAAGUGGUGACACGUCUCCUUAUUCCUUAUCACCUGUCGGCAACAAGAGUCAGAAACUACUCCGCUCUCCGAGAAAGGCAAUUAGGAAAAUCUCUAAGAUUCCAUUCAAAGUUCUUGAUGCCCCCGAGUUACAAGAUGAUUUCUACCUUAACCUGGUGGACUGGUCAUCCACAAAUGUCCUCAGUGUUGGUUUAGGAACUUGUGUAUAUCUUUGGAGUGCUUGCACAAGUCAGGUUACCAGACUUUGCGACCUAUCUGUUGAUGGAGACUCGGUCACGUCCGUGUCAUGGGCUGAGCGGGGCCACUUGGUAGCUGUUGGAACACACAAGGGUGAUGUCCAGAUCUGGGACGUAGCAGCAGGCAAAAGAGUGUCCUUACUAGAGGGUCAUUCAGCAAGAGUUGGUGCUUUGGCAUGGAAUGCAGAUAUGUUGUCCUCUGGUAGCCGAGACCGCCUCAUAUUACAACGAGACAUAAGAACGCCAACCUCAGUGACAGAGCGGAGACUCACUGGACACAGACAAGAGGUGUGUGGUUUGAAAUGGUCACCCGAUCAUCAGCAUUUAGCGUCUGGUGGGAACGACAACAAACUCUUUGUUUGGAAUAUGACAAACCUUAGCCCGGUGCAGACGUACACAGAGCAUUUAGCUGCUGUCAAAGCGAUUGCCUGGUCACCACAUCAACAUGGACUUUUAGCAAGUGGUGGUGGCACGGCCGAUCGGUGUAUUAGGUUUUGGAAUACGCUCACUGGACAGCCGUUACAGUGUGUUGAUACCGGGUCUCAAGUGUGCAAUCUAGCCUGGUCAAAACAUGCCAAUGAAUUAGUUAGUACACAUGGUUAUUCACAAAAUCAGAUCCUGGUCUGGAAGUACCCAUCGCUAGCUCAAAUUGCUAAAUUAACAGGACAUUCCUACAGAGUGCUAUAUUUGGCUAUGUCCCCCGAUGGUGAAGCAAUAGUCACUGGUGCUGGAGAUGAAACUUUGAGAUUCUGGAACGUAUUCAGUAAAACACGAUCGACGAAGGAAUCAAAGUCUGUGCUAAAUCUCUUCACUCGGAUUCGGUGAACAAUUUCAGAUCUUCCCACGUAACGGGUUAAAGACUUUUAGUACGUUUCAUAUUUUAAGGAAACUAGUCAUGUUGGGAAUGUACACUAAGACUAAAGAGUUUUUAUGAAAAGGACAAUGGAACCUCUCUAUUAAGGACACUGAUUUUGUCCCAAACUGGUCAUUUUCAUUCAGUUUGACCUCCGUGAUCAGGACACCUCUCGUUAAUGGACAGCAAUUCCCAGUCCCAGGAGUGUGCGUUUUAUGACAAAAAUGACGAAAAAUGUCAAUUCUAUUUUGCAAGAUUUUUUAUCUACACUUUGUUUUAUUAUACCAAAUUACUCAUUUACUAAAAACCAAUCAUGUAAAAUUAAAUAAUAUCAAGGAUGUGUACACAUUUCUUCAUGAACCUCAUUGGACAAUUGGAGCCUCGUGUAUAUAUUUUUAUUGAGGAAAGUCAUACAAAUAAGGGCAAUACAUGUAUGUUAUGUCAUUUCUCCUAAUAGCCAAUGUCCUACAUAUAUAGCCAAUUCAAUUUGUUUCUGUUUGGGUGAGUUCUUUUAAGAUCAGUUCAAGCUGUGUUGAACAGUUUUGUGUCUAUUUUUAGUUUCCAGUGAAGACCAAUGCACUACCCAGAUAUGUUGUCAGAAAGGUGUGGGAAUAUUUUCAUUUGCUCGCAUGGUUAUAUUUUUAAUUCAAUGUGAAGUCAGUUUUUAUGUGAAUCAUGCAUAGAAUCUCAUGUUCAUGUAAUGUUUUAGAAGGAAGAGGAUGAUCAAAGGGUUUUUUCCAAGGCUUGGGUAGAUGAGAUGGGCAUUUUUUUUUGGGGGGGGGGGGGGUUAACUACAUGUACAGGGAUAAGAUCAACGGGUGAUCAGAUGUAUAGUAAUUUUCAAAUGUAAAGACAUUUUUAUUUUAGUGGUGCACACUGCAGUAAGAUUGCCAGUGUGGGUGUGAGUGAGAAUAUUUAUUUGUGCGUGUGAGAUUCAUUUUGUGUUGUGGUAAAAUCAUGUCGGAAAUGACUGUAUUCUGUAAUUUUUUUAAGUUCUUGUAAAGAAAGGUAUAUCAUGCUCUAUUUGAGCAUCUUAUAUAGAAAAUCUAGUUAUGUACAUGUACAUUUAGUUUAUCAUCGAGAAAUAAAGAGGUCAUGUAAUUAA